AUCUUCUUCUCUCUCAAAACAAAAAGAAGAAGCAAUGUCGACGGCGUGGGGUGCAUUUUUUGGGACGAGAGUGCUGGAGCUGGUGAAGAAACACGAUUCCGGCGGCCUUGUUUGGAAGAGAAUAAAGCUCACUCCCACCCGCAAAGCCAAUGCCAAGAAACGCCUCCGUCGCGUUUGGCAGAAUGAGGCUGUUUUGCGGGCAUGCUCCGAGACACCUCCCCAAGAAGUAUCACAGGCUGAAGGUAGCAGAAAUAUUGUAAAGGAUAACCAAAGCUCCCAAGGUCAGACGAAAUGAGUAAGGGAUUUAAGCAAGUAUAACAAGGGGACUAGGAAGAGUAAUACCAUCUUUGUGCUUCAAACUGCAUAACAAAGUUUCGAUAUUCUUGAAUUUUCCAUAUUGCUUAGUUUAAGCCAACAACAUGCAUCAGCUUGUAGUAUUUUCCAUCUAUGUCUCCUUUGGUCUUGUUUUCACUGUCAAACGAUAAAUUCUACAGCUACUCGCUAUCUAUUUACAUUGGGUUGCUUUAUCUUA